UAGUGUUUGGUUGUAGUGCAUGAGUCAUUGUGUCUGGCUUCACACAGCCGGAACAAAAAACACAGCACAGUCAAGCUGGGGCCAAACAAACCCGAGCUGCUCCAGCAGUCAGGCUGAGUGCACAGCUGCCAGGCUAGCACACUGUCACAGGACAACUCACCAGCUGGUAUAUAGCUCUUAUAAACCUUUUCCCCACAUACCAGGAAAACAACAGAGCCUCUCCUGCAAGGACAGUCACCCUCACGGAGAGACCGAGACCGUGGAAAUGGCCACAGCGACAGUGGCUGAAGCUGAGCAGACCUCCACCGAUGCAGCUAACGCUUUCUUACACGUUCAUGAUUCGGGUUGGACUGAAUCUCAGCUUCGCAAGUACCCGUUCCAAACUAAACAAAUCCCACGGCUUUCUCAUACAGACCCCCGAGCAGAGAUCCUCAUCAACAACGAGGAACCUGUCGUGUUAACAGACACCAACUUGGUUUAUCCAGCGCUCAAGUGGGACAUCGGUUACUUGCACGAGAACAUUGGCAAUGGGGACUUUUCUGUGUACAUUGCUGAAAGCCACAAAUUCUUAUAUUAUGACGAGAAGAAAAUGUCGAACUUUGAGAACUUUGUACCAAAGUCACACAGAAUAGAGAUGAAGUUUUCCGAGUUUGUAGAAAAGAUGCGCCAAACAGAGGAGCUGAAUGGAAGACAGAGAGUAUACUUGCAGCAAACCCUGAAUGACACAGUUGGGAGAAAAAUUGUUGUGGAUUUUCUGGGAUUCAACUGGAACUGGAUCAACAAACAGCAAACCAAACGAAACUGGGGGCAGCUAACAUCAAACCUUUUACUCAUAGGCAUGGAAGGCAACGUGACACCAGCGCAUUAUGAUGAGCAGCAGAAUUUCUUUGCACAAAUCAAAGGUUACAAGAGAUGCAUCCUUUUCCCACCAGACCAGUUUGAGUGUCUCUACCCUUACCCUGUUCAUCAUCCAUGCGACAGGCAGAGCCAGGUUGAUUUUGAAAACCCCGAUUAUGAAAAGUUUCCCAAAUUUAAAAACGUCUUUGGAUAUGAGGCUGUUGUUGGACCAGGGGAUGUGCUGUACAUUCCUAUGUACUGGUGGCAUCACAUCGAGUCCUUGUUAAAUGGAGGAGUAACUAUCACCGUCAACUUCUGGUACAAGGGUGCACCCACUCCAAAGAGGAUAGAGUACCCACUGAAGGCCCAUCAGAAGGUGGCCAUUAUGAGGAACAUUGAAAAAAUGUUAGGAGAGGCCUUGGGGGAUCCACAUGAGGUUGGGCCUUUGCUGAACAUGAUGAUCAAGGGGAGAUACGAACAAGCUGUCACAGUUACAGAGUACCAGAUGAAGGAGCAAAACUGCUCAGCAUUGCAGCAGCUGUCAGCCGUUUAGCACAGGCUGCCUGAUCAAGCUGAGCUGCCACUGUGGAUCUCUACUCAUUCUGUAGUGUUAUAAACAGGACGUAUCCCACAGAAUGAACUAGUCGCCUAUUAUUUUAUUAGCUAAUCUGUGGAUUUUGUUCUUUGGCCUGUGAAGAACAUUUGGCAUGAGCCAGAGCACACUGAAUACGGAGAAACUAGCAACUGGGAAUCCAAACUUCACAAGGAAGAUAAAUUGGUGAGCCAUUAUAUAUCAUUUCACCCUCUUCCCAUCAAGUGAGAGAAGAGAUGCCUUAUCUGUUCAGCAAGGGGGAAAGAAAAAAAAAUCAGUCCUGAAGCCUUUUACUCUUCCACCAGUGUAGCACUGGAGUUCACUCUUUCACACCUGUUUGUUUCUCUCUUGCUCUCAUUAGCUGUGGCUCCUGCCAGUCACUGUGUAGAUAGACGACUUUUGUGUCUGAACUUGGGGUGAGAUGAUGUUUGACGUAUGAGUAACAACAUGUGGACAAAUUUCACACCAAUUCCAACCCCAUGCCCUGACAUAUCUCUGAUUGAAAGUAACUAUUGCAGGGUUAUGCAAGGUCAAGAAGAUCAAGAAGCAAAGAAAGAAAAACAAACACUAUAUGCACUGUAGCUUUUAUUUAUAUCUGUAAUUCAAAUCAUAAAUGCCAUAAAAUGGAGAAGUCGACAACGUGCCACAUGAUGAAAGGGACGGGGAUGUAAGCCAAAAUAAUUUUGUAAAUAAGAAAAUAUUCACUUGUAUUCAAUUUGUGCCCAUUUGUUAGGCAAGUGUCACUUCCACGUACAUUAUCUGUGAACUCGCUGUUAAUUCACUGAUCACUUGAAAUUGCAUUUAAAUAGUUUUUACUUGGAGUACUCAUCAGAUUUGCAUAAUUAAUUCUGUUUCGCCUUAAAUUUCUAGAGAAUAUUGUCCGGGUACAGGGUACCUUUUUUUUCUUUUUUUGGUCAGAUAUUUAAACACCCAGGGAUUUUAAAGAAAUGAAGGUCUUGCAGAAUUAAGCAUUAAAAAAAAAGUAUUAUCCAGUUGUGUUUUUCCUUCUUGUUAACUACAAAUUUCCUGUUUUAUUGAAAAAUAUUGCUGUACUGUAUUAGUCACUGAAUAAGAUGCUCCACCCUGUUGUGCAUGUAGUUCAUAAAUCAAAGGCUCUUUAGCUGCAAAGGUACACUGUCUUUUCCCAAACCUUCCCAAAUGUUUCAGGAUGCUUGAAUUCAUUGUUAAGAAAUGUGUUUCUUCGAGAGAAAUAAACCCUUACCCAUUAUUUACCAUUAA